AUGGACUACCAGCCAAUCAUCUCCGCCCUCGACGUGCGCACUGAACCUGUCACCAUCAAUGCGCUCUUCUCCCUGGUGGCGAACUUCGAUCAGCGGAUCGAGAUGUUCCAUGGCGGUGGUGCUGGUUGCUUCAAGUCAUCGGCAAACGCUGCUUCCCCGGGUUGUCCAAACGCCUGCAAGGGAGGCUACCGCAACCAGAAGGGCGGCGGUGGCUACGGUGCUCCCGGUGGCGGCAACUACGGCACCAGCGGAGGUGGCUACAACGGCAUCGGUGGCAGCGGCUACCACCCAGGUGGCGGUUCUGGUGGUGGCUACCAUCAGAACAAUGGAGGAGGAGGCUGA